GCAGAUUCAAAGGAAUUGGAUGUGAGAUCUGCUCGUCCAGACCACAGUUAUGAGGGGGAGGAGGGUGACGCUUGGAGGAAAUGGGUGUAGAGCACUUCUCCUCCCACUUCUAUAUCUCCAUGCAUUCCUCCUCUCCUCACAUUUUAUGACAGUUGGUGCCAGAAAGGAGGAGAACACACUGAAAUCUGAUUAACAAUCUGCUGAUCCUCACGUGCUCUGUCAACUAUGGUUUUCCUGCUCAUCUCCUUGACCGUGCUGCAUCUGCUUACCCUGUCCAUGCUGCUCGUUGCCACCUUGGAGAAGUCGUGGUGGAUCUGGGCCGAUUCUGAAAUCAGCGACCUGUGGUACAACUGUCUCCAUGACAACGCCUCAGACACAUGGCUGUGUGCCGUCACCAAUGAAAGCGACUGGUUGCAGUCGGUCCAGGCCCUGAUGGUUCUGUCCGUGGUCUUCUCCUCCAUCGCUUUAACGGUCUUUGUGGCUCAGCUCUUCAUCAUGUCCAAAGGAGGCCUCUUCUACUUCACGGGCCUCUGUCAAGGCUUUGCAGGUUUCACAGACUUUGCGGCGUGCCUCAUCUUCACUUUCCACCGGAAAGAGAUCCUGAACGACUCCAGAGAUGUGAACAGAGGUCGGUUCGGUUACUGCUUCAUUCUGGCCUGGCUUUGCGUUCCCUUACUGCUCGUCAGUGGAAUCCUCUACGGCCAUUUGCGAAAGAAAGAAUGACAGCUGCUACUUUGUAGAAUUUGUGGAAAUCAGCGCUGACUGAGAGUGCAGAAUGUUGGUCUUUCACCUUUCAUCACAGCCAUUGUGAACAUGAGAACACCCAAAUGAAGGAAACGUGAGUAACUACUCAGACUUUGUUGGAACUUGCAUUGAAUUGUGUUGCUUUAUUAAAAAAAAAAAAAAACAUAAUUAACCCUUUUGGUCAUAUCAUAUGUGUUGUCACAUCACAUAAUUGUCUGUCCAUUUGCACAUAAUGUACAGAUCAGUUUGGGUAGACCAGAAUCAAACAUUUAGAUAUUAGAGCUCGAUACACUAGUAUUAACACAUUGUAUGUAUUUGUCACGUCACACAACUGUCUGUCCAUUCACACGAAUUAUAAGCAUCGGUCUGUGGUGACCAGAGCUACAAAACCCAAAACUAUUGAAGUUGCCAUGUUGUGUAAAUCGUAAAUAAAAACAGAAUACAAUGAUUUGCAAA